AUGGGACGGAGCUGCUCCUUCCUCCUGCUCCUCUUCCUCCUGUCCCCGUGGCCCAGAGCCACCGUGGCACUCCUGCAGUACCGCCACGAAUGCGGAGAGUUGGGAAUGCAGCUCCUGGUCCUCCCAUCCCACGGCCGCACCGUCCGCUUCAAGGUUCUGGAUGAGUUUGGCUCCCACUUUGACGUGGCCAACUGUUCCAUCUGCCUCCACUGGCUGAAUUCCAGGGAGGAUGGCUCCAUCAUCUUCUCCUCCGGCUACAACGGCUGCCACGUCCUGUUCAAGGAGAACCGCUACAUCCUGCGGGUGCAGCUGGAGGAGCUGCUGUCCAGUGGGAUCCCGGUCACCUCCUACGAGGUCAACAUGACCUGCCCCAAGCCGGGUGGCUCUGAGAUGCUCCCAGAUGGAAAGCGGGAGCAGGCCCGGGACAACGGGGUUGUGUUCUCCCACACUGGCCUGCACCAGGUCUCUGAGUCCUCCCUUACCCUUACGGGAUCCCACUUCACAUCCCAAGAUCACUUGGAGCAGGUUCACACUGUGGCACGGUACGAGCCUGACUCAGUGCUUCCCGGGAUCCAGCACAAUUCUAAUCCGGCUCACUCAGGGCUUCUGUCCCAGCCUGGUGGGGUUCAUCCUGUCACCCAUUUCCAAGGAAGCUUCAUCCCCCCAGGAGUGCAGCCACUCCAGCCAGGGGGGCAGAGCCAGACAGGGAUCCUUCACCCAGUGCUUGUAUCCCAAAGCCAUCCCAGUUUUGUGCAUCCCGGGGGUCAGACCCAGCCAGGGCACCUGCGUCCAGGGUCUGCAUCCCAAAACCAGCCUGGGAUGAUGCAUCCUGGGGGACAAAACCAACCAGGGAUUCGCCCAGGGUCUGCAUCCCAAAACCAGCCUGGGAUGAUGCAUCCUGGGGGACAAAACCGACCAGGGCAACUUCAUCCAGGCUUUGUAUCCCAAAACCCUCCUGGAGGCCAAAGCCAACCAGGGAUUCGCCCUGGGCUUGUAUCCCAAAACCCUCCUGGGGGACAAAACCAACCAGGGCUUCGCCCAGCAUUUGUAUCCCAAAACCCUGCUGGGGGCCAAAACCAACCAGGAAUUCGCCCUGGGCUUGUAUCCCAAAACCAACCAGGAAUUCGCCCAGCGUUUGUAUCCCAAAACCCUCCUGGGGGACAAAACCAACCAGGAAUUCGGCUUCGUCCUGGGCUUGUAUCCCACAACCAGCCUGGCUUGACCUCCACUGGUGCCCAGACUCCCACAGGAUUCUUGCGCCCGGGAGCUCAGCCCCCAAACCAGCUGGGAAUAUCUCGUCCCAGUCAUCAUCACUCUGACUCCCACACCGGGCUCCAUGGCCAAACUGGGCUGCUCCAUCCUGGCCAUCCCAGCCCGUCUUUGGUGCACCCAGGACUCUCAUCCUGGCCAGGUUACAUCAGUUCUGGAAUCCAGGUUCAGCCUCAGCCAGGCCUGGGACGCCCAGGGCUGCGGCCCCAGCCUGGAUUGCUGCAUCCUGGGAUUCACUCCCAGCCCAGCCUGCUGGAGUCCACAGCGCUCUUCUACCCCUCGGCAGGGGCAGGAAUGCCGCUGACACGGGAGCAGUGCCAGGUGCCAAUGGGCCGGAUGCCGUGCGUGGCUCCAGAGGGACGGGAGGGAUGCCUGCAGGCGGGAUGCUGCUACAACGACAUGGACCGUACCACACCCUGCUAUUAUGGGAAUACCGUCACCGUGCAGUGCCUGCUGGAGGGAUACUUUGUCCUGGUGGUCCCACGGGGAAUGGUGGCCGCGCCGUACAACCUGGACAGCGUGCGGCUGGCCAGCAGCCAGGCUGGAUGUGAGCCCCUCCACACGUCCGAGGCCUUCGUCAUGUUCCGCUUCCCAGUCACCCACUGCGGCACCACGGUCCAGGUGAUGGAGGACAGGCUGAUCUAUGAGAACCACCUGAUCUCCACCAUUGAUGUCCAGGGAUCCCCCCGUGGCUCCAUCACUCGGGACAGUGUCUACAUCCUCCAUGCUCGGUGCAUCUACAACUCCAGCGACCUCCUUCCCUUGGGAGUGGAGGUGGCUGCGCCCCCCACAGCUGCACCCCUGGCCAUGCCGGGCCCGCUGGGGCUCCAGCUGCGGAUUGCCACCGGUGGGUGCUCCCUAUCCCGCUCCUUAUCCUGCUCCUUAUCCCACUCCCCAUCCCACUCAACCCCUCCCAACAUUCCCACAGAUGAAUCCUACAGCUCCUACCACCCUGUGGGUGACUUCCCCCUGGUGAGGGUGCUCCGGGACCCCAUUUACGUGGAAGUCCGUCUGCUCCAGAAGACGGAUCCCAAUUUGGUGCUGGUGCUGCACCACUGCUGGGCCUCCCCUGGCCCCCACGCCACAUCCCAGCCCCAGUGGCCCAUCCUAGUGGAGGGGUGUCCCUUCCAAGGGGACAACUACAAGACUCGGCUGAUUCCAAUGGGUCCGGCCUCCCCAGAGCUGCCCUUCCCGAGUCAUUACCAGCGCUUUGUCAUCUCCACCUUCACCUUUGUGGAGCCCCCUGGAAUGGCUGUGCUGGAGGGGGAGGUGUACAUCUCCUGUAGUGCUUCCGUGUGCCACCUGGCCCAGCCAGAGCCCUGCAGGCCCUCCUGCCAGCUGGGAGUGCCCUCACGAGUGCGGAGGUCUCUGAGGGACAGGAAGACAGGUGACAGCAUGAGGACAGUCACAUCCCAGGGAUGCAUUGUUUUUCCUGAGGCUUCCAAGAGAGGGAGAACUCAGCAGAGAGGCUGAGGGCUCCAGCCUCUACCUGCAUGCCGUUGGAUGUCUCUGGGAAAGCUGGAAAAAUAAAACUUAGUGCAGAGCA